GAUAGUAGGUACUGGUUUUGCUAGCUAAUGGGUAUUGGUAUAUAUGGUGAACGAAAGCGAGAGACAGAGAAAGUGGUCCAGCUCAGUCUAUGGCUGACUGACACCCUCAGCAGCCGUGUUGAUAAGGAGAGAAAUCAGAUUCAAUUAAUUUUAACAUAUUCACUCCCAAACUAUUCCUUAUUCUCUCUUCUCUUUCACAAUUCUCCAACAUUUCUCCUCUCACCGCAAUUCACAUUGCCUGCGUCACCGUUGUCUGCUUCAAAACUUUUGAGCUAGCUUGUACUUUCGGAAUUUGCGAGGUUGCUUGUUCAGGACACUUCAAAAUUCUCUUCGGUUUCAAACAUGAUGUCUGGUGAAGCAAUAACUGUCCCUUCCAACCUCAGAGAUUCCUCGGUUCAAGUUCACGACCCAAUCUCAAACCCUAAUCCUAACCCUAAUCCAAACUCUUCGGUUAAGAGAAAAAGAAGCCUACCCGGAACACCAGCAGAUCCGAAUGCUGAAGUGAUUGCUCUGUCGCCAAAGUCGCUGAUGGCCACGAACCGGUUCAUAUGCGAAGUGUGCAACAAGGGUUUUCAGAGAGACCAGAACCUGCAGCUGCAUCGGCGAGGGCACAAUCUGCCGUGGAAGCUGCGGCAAAGAUCAAAGGAAGAGGUGAGGAAGAAGGUGUACGUGUGUCCCGAGAAGAGUUGCGUGCACCAUGACCCUUGCAGAGCCUUGGGAGACCUCACUGGGAUAAAGAAACACUUCAGCAGAAAGCACGGUGAGAAGAAGUGGAAGUGCGAAAAGUGCUCCAAGAAAUACGCUGUUCAAUCUGACUGGAAAGCCCAUAACAAGAUUUGUGGGACUAGACAGUACAAAUGUGACUGUGGCACAAUAUUCUCCAGGAAGGACAGCUUUGUAACGCAUAGAGCCUUUUGUGACGCUAUGGUGGAACAAAGUGGGAGACUUCCGGCAAUUUUAUCAAACCUCGGAAACGAUAUUUUGAUGAACGCGCAAGGCCCGAGACUAAUGCCUCAGGGACUACAACUACACGGGUUUCAUUCAGAGUUUGGUGGGCCAGGUUCAGAAUCAUACAUGGAAAAUUUUGCUGAUGCUGAGCAUGUUGAACAUAAGCUAAGGUUGCCGAUAUGGCUAGACCAGACAAAUCUUCAACUCAACCAUCCUCUUGGCGUUGUUCCAGGCAAUUCAAGUGUAUUCUCAACUGGAACAACCUUGCCGGAAACAAACAACAUGUUCGGGAUAUCGUCGUCACAGGCACAGUGGACAAAUUACCGAUACCCCGAAGCAUCUUUUAGAAGUGCCAGUGUUUCUGUGCCUCAUGGACUGAAGCUAGAGCAAGAAGAAAACAAAGGGGAGUUGUCGCAUAGCGUGAGCUCUUUGUACCCAAGUCACAUGGAAUCUAUUAGGAUGGGUGGUAAUUCACCUUUCGACAACUCUAACUUUGGCCUGUUAGACCCGAACAUGUCAAGCACGUCAACCAACAAUGUGGUCGAAAUUCAGAAGAUAUUCAAGCAAGGAAACGAGGCUGAAAACUUCAGUCUCAUGGUGAGUUCCCAGGCAAGAAGCAACAUGGAAAGUGGGUUUUCCUUGAGUUGCAGGAAGAGUUUGGAGCAUAUGGUGAUGCCUGGCAUCGAAGAGUGGGAAAGUGGAGAAGCAGAAAUAAUGGAGAAGCAAGUACAUUCGAGUUCAAACACUGAAACGAAAGAUUUCAUGGGUGUGGGAGAUGGGUCAGUGAUGAACCUGCAAAGGCAGUUCCUUGGACACUACUGAUGGAGUUGGGUUGAUUGCAUGAUGAUGAUGAUGAUUUCGAGCAUUAGAGUUUAGAAUGAACAGAAGAUAUGUACCUCAAAGUGACGAUAACAAGGAGCUGAUACCGACCAGCGAGUGAUUGGGUGGGCAUGCACAGUGAACAGGGAGCUAUCACGUGAUGAAAUCGAUAUCAUAAAGGCAUCCCGUGAAGGAUGUGGGGGCCAUUGCGUUUUCGAACAGACAAUAUAUAUUCUCUCUAUUCUAUGCUACCUAGCUUCUUCUAUUGUAUAUUCUAAGUAACAAUUUCAUUUCCCUCUUUCUCUUUAAGUUUCA